AUGGGACUGCUUCGGGUCCUCGGCGCCCUGGCCAUCGCAAUCCACGCCGCUGCGGUGCUGGAGCGCGGCGGCAGCGCGGCCGGUACGGCUAUGGCAGUCGCCCUGCGCAGCUGUGAGGGCUGCUGCGAUGUGUUGGGCCCCGGGCGCGCGACUCGGGCGCCGCGCGGCGCCGGCGCGUUCAUCGGCUCGUCAGCCGCCAAGUGGAAGGCGGGUUCCGGCGCGGUCCUGGACGGCCGUAGGGCGUCCGCUCUAGGCAGGAGUUUCGCGAAGGCGAAAGAAGAGGACCCCGCUUCCACGGAUGAUGACCUCGACGGAGUGGCCUCCGAUGUCUUCGAGGACGAGGUGGGGUACGACGACAUCUACGACGAGGAUAGCGAGUACGGCAGCGAGGAGGAGGAGGAGGAUGAAGAAGAUGAAGAUGAAGAAGGCUCGACGUCGGAGUACGACUCCGACGAGGAGGCGGGCAACAGCGCCUUCGACUACAACGCCCGCGGGGAGCUGAUGCUGCCCAACCUUCCCAGGCUGUCGAGGACGCGCGUGUCCCGUAACCGCCACAAGCUGUUCCGGGGCAGCGUCGUGCACCUCUCCGACCUGGUCUACCCGUUGGUGGUUCACGACAAGGAAUCGUCGGAGUCCGUGCCCGAGGUGCCGGGGCUGAGGCUGAUGUCCAUUGCGGACCUUGUGAAGGAGGUCGAGGAGGCCCGUAACCUGGGCCUGACGUCGUUCAUGAUCCACCCCCACAUCGACAAGGCUCUGCGCAGCCAGUUCGCCGAUGAGGGGCUGAACCCGGACGGGCUGCUGCCGCGCGCGAUCGACGCCGUCAAGGAGGCCUUCCCUGACGUGCAGGUGUUCGCCGACGCGAGCGUGGCGCACUUCUCGCUGGACGGCCACGACGGCCUGGUGGAGCCGCAGACCGACUUCAUCGCCAACGACGUGUCGGUGAGCCAGGUGGCGAAGCAGGUGACCACGCUGGCGUCCGCCGGGUGCGACGUGGUGUCUCUGAACGACACGCUGGACGGCACCGUCGGUGUGGCGCGCGACGCGCUUGACUUCGAGGGGUUCACCGACGUGUCGCUGAUGAGUCGCGCCGGCAAGUUCAACUCCGUGCUCAUGGCGCAGCAGCGCAAGCUGCUCGGCAUGACCCCGUCGGAGAAUGUGCGGCCCGAGAGCUACCUGCAUGACGUGGCGGUGGACGAGGAGAGCAUCAUGAAGGGCAUGCAAGAUGUGGACGACGGGGCCGACCUGGUCGCCGUGGAGCCCGCCACCGGAUUCCUGGACGUCAUACGGAACCUCAAGGACCGGCUGCGAAGCCCCGUUGUGGCGGUGCACACGACCGGGGAGUACCGGGCGCUGAAGGCCGCGGCGGCGGCGGGGGUGUUCGACGAGCGCGCGGCUGCGCUCGAGGCCAUCCGCGGCCUGCGGCGCGCCGGCGCCGACGUGAUCAUCUCCAGCUUCUCGAAGGAUGUUGCGCAGUGGCUGUUGGAGGAUAUGCAGACGAACGGGAUGGAGCACCCCGCUGACCCCCUGCCGGAGAACCCGCAAGUGGUGCGCGGGCGGCUGCCCAACGGCCUGGAGUACACGCUGCUGCCGAACGCGAACCACUGCGAGCGACUCGAGGCGUACCUGGAGGUGAUGAGCGGCUCCGCGGACGAGCUGGACCACCAGCGCGGCGUGGCUCACUUCUGCGAGCACGUGACCUACAUGGGCAGCAGGAAACGGGACGCGCUCGUCGGCCGCGACGUGCGCACGAACGCGUUCACCGACUUCCACCACACGGUGUUCUACGCGUCGUGCCCGUCGUCGAUGGAGGGCUGCGGCGGCCGCGAGGGCUCGCUGGAGCGUGCGCUGGAGGCGCUCGCCGACGUCGUCGUGGCGCCCACGCAGUUCACCGCCUCGCGCGUCGAGAAGGAGCGGCAGGCGAUCCUGUCGGAGGCGCGCAUCAUCAACACGCUGGAGUACCGCAAGAACUGCGCCACCGUGGAGGCGCUGCACUCGGAGACCAGGUUCCCCAUCGGCGACCUCGACGCGUUGGAGCGCUACAGCGUGCAGGACCUGGCCGACUACCAUCGCAUACACUACCGCCCGUCGAACCUGCGCCUGUUCCUCGUCGGCGACAUAGCGCCCGAGUCGGCCAUCCGGGCGGUCGAGCGCGUGUUCGCCGGGAUGCAGGAGGACCGGGAGCUGGUCGACCGGUACAUGCGUGAGCACGCGGACAUAUACCAAGGCACCGUGAAGGAGUCGCGGUGGGGGCUCCCGCCGGCCAAGCACAUCUGGGACCAGCCUGGCCCGAUCGCGCACGUUUGGCAAAACGGCCAAAUAAGGAAUUUGAGUCUCGAGGUCGUGAGAAAAAUGCCGAUCCCGACGAUUCUCACGUGCGGCGAUAUGCGUCAGAGCUUGCUGAUGAAGCUGGCGUACCGCAUCAUGUCGCUGAACUUCGACAUUCUGCAGCGGGGCGCGGGCUCGCUGGAGUCGGUGGAGGCGAACGACUACGACUGCACCAACGAGGGCUGCCGCGUGCGCUCGUUCGAGUUCCGGUGCGCGCCCUACCAGUGGCGCGACGCGCUGUCGGCCGCCGUGGCGCAGGCGAAGUGCCUCGCCACGCAGGGCGCGACGCACGAGAUGUUCUCCCUCGUCAGGGACUCGAUGCUGCUCGACUGCUCGCGGCUGGACAGCGCCAAGGCGGACAACCGCGACGUCAUCGCCGGGCUGAUGGACGCGGCGACGUGCGGGCGCACGGUGAUGCUUCCGGACGCCGAGAAGGAGCUGGUCACCGACAUGCUGCACAGCGUCCGCCUGGACGACGUGAACGACAUGGCGUCGCGGCUGUUCCCGUGGUCGUCCGGGGAGAGUUUCUCGGGGAUCCACCUGAUUUGCUCCACGCCUCCUCCUGACCCGUCCAUCGGCUACGACGGCGUGACGGAGGAGCUCGUCGCCGACGCCUUUGAAAGCGAGUGCCGCGAGCCGCUCUCCGCCGCGGCGCUGAACCCCAACGUCAACACGCCGUCGCAGCUGCUGAGCGACGAGGAGCGCCGUGAGGUGGUCGGGCGUCGCCCGUACGGCGAGGCGCCGUCGUUCGUCGCCAACCCCAUGCUGCCGAAGGAGCGGUACGCUCGCCCGGAGGAGCCGCGGGACGAGGUGCUGAGGUCGCUGGCCGUCGGCGGCGACCUCCGUCUGGUGUCGGAGCGGUACAUCGACGCUGUGCGCGACUCGUUCAAGCUGCGGUCCGACAUCGAGUACAUCACGGAGAACACGGAGACGCCGUCGGAGCUGUCGCGGAUCGGCGAACGGCUAACUGAGGGGUCCAGCCACCUCGUAAACGAGCGAGAGCACGGCAAGUACACCCAGGCGCUGGCGAACCUGCGCAAGCCCCUGGCGUCGACGCUGGACCCCGGCGACGUGCUCUACCGCGAACGGCCGGGCCCGGCCGGCAUCCACCUGCUGACGCUCGGCAACAGCAUCCGUGUGAACCUGCGCGUGGGCGAGGGCGACCAGAUGGCCAUGAAGGCCGUGAUCCCCAUUGAGUACGACUACUGCAACCAGGAGGCGCUGCUGCGGCGCAAGCGCGAGCUGCUCCUGGCGGCCAACGCGAUGAUGGAGGGCGGCGCCAUGGGCAGCCUGAGCCGGCUGCAGGUCGAGAUGUUCUGCAGCCAGCACCUGAUCGACGUGAUGAUCGGGGCCAACGAGGACUACUUCUCGAUCGAGAUGUCGUUCCCCUACGGCCGGCAGGGCCGGCGCGGCGGCAACCUCGAGAGCGCCCUGCAGAUAAUGCACGCGCUGCUGCAGCACCACCGCAUCGAGCCGGACGCGCUGGCGCGUGCCAAGGACAAGCUGCGCCGCGACCGCGACGUGUAUGCGCAGGAUCUCCAGGCGUACGGCACCGCCGACCUGGUGUCCGCCAUGAGCGAAGGCAAGCUGACCUACCACAACCUGGACAUGGCGGCCAUCGGCGAGUCCAAACUGGAAAACAUCCAGGCCACGUUGGACGGGAUCUUCAAGCGCGGCGCCGUCGAACUCUCGAUGUCCGGCGCGUUCGACCUGCAGGCGGCGAAGUCACUGCUGCUGCAGUAUAUCGGCACCGUGCAGCUGCCCGAGUCGACGGCGCCCGCACCGGACCGCUACCAACUCUGGCGGCACUACGACACCGCAAGCGACGAUGCGGCUGACAAGGGCGCCCGGUUCACCACUGUCCAAGACGACGCCGUUGGCCCCGCUUCCACUGGCGGAAGCGGAUCGGAGGCGUCCGACGCCCCGGCGAGCCCCGAGGAGCGGCACCGGCUCAUUUUGGUGCCGGACAACCAGGAGCGCGCCAUGGUGCUGGUGGGCGGCUACGCCCCGAACGCCAGCGGGAUCAUGCCGGACGGGACUCACAUGGCCGACAUCAUGCACGCGGAGCUGUACGCGACCUUGGCGACCGACAGGGACGUGAACAACAACGUGGAGAAGCUGGUGCGCACGGCGAAGGAGCUGUGGCUGCACCCCGCGUUUCCCCGCGCCGCGUGCGCGCUGCUGCAGGAGAUUCUCAACAACCGCUCGUUCACCGUGCUGCGCGCGGAGAAGCACCUGACGUACGAGUCGAACGUCGACUUCGUGCUGUACGACGUGCAAUUCGCAGGCUAUUUCGUGAUCUCAGUGCACUCGUCGUUCGACAAGUCGGAGUCUAUCCUGGAGGAGACGCGCAACCUGGUGGCCGAGCUGCGGGCUGGGAUCAGGCCAGUCACGGAGCACCAUCUGCAGCGCGCGCGGGACCAGGUGGUUGCGCGCCUGCGCAAGGACAGGACCGCCCACCGCCACUGGGUCGGCGAGCUGCUGGGGACGCAGAGCCGUCGGGUGCCGCUAAAGAGUUCAUUAUUCUGCACUGAGUUCGAGCGGGUGCUGCGCCGCAUCACCUUGGACGACGUGCACCUGAUGUUCGGGUCGAACGCCUUCGGCUUCGGCGAGGAGCACAUGUGGAGCCGCGUCGUGCACACGGCCGUCGGCUAG